GUGGUAAGUUGGUAACAGUGUUGGAUAUUAAAGUACAAGUGUCCACGAUGGCAGCGAUCAUUACAAGGUGUCUCUCAAAAGGUGUUUACACGCCUUUACAAACUCUAAUUAAACCAAAAGUGCCAGUACGAUGCCUCAACCUGCUAGAGUACCAGAGCAAAGUUUUACUAGAGAAUCAUGGAGUAACUGUACAGAGAUUUCGCAUUCUUGACUCCCACAAAGAGGCUGUGGAGGCCUCAAAGUCCCUCAAUGCUGCCGAAUUUGUGGUGAAAGCUCAGAUCUUGGCUGGUGGGCGUGGGAAAGGACAUUUUGACAAUGGCUUUAAGGGAGGCGUUCAUCUUACCAAGGACUGUAAUGAAGUGGCAAGCUUGGUGGAGAAGAUGGUGGGCCACAAGCUGGUCACAAAACAGACCCCGAAGGACGGUAUCGUUGUCAACAAGGUCAUGGUCGCCGAGUCUGUUGAUAUUCUCCGUGAAACUUAUUUUUGUAUUCUCAUGGACAGAGAACAUAAUGGACCCGUACUAAUAGCAAGCCCUGAUGGUGGUAUGGAUAUAGAGGAAGUGGCCGAGAAGACCCCCGAGCGCUUGAUGACGCAACCCAUCGAUAUACACGAAGGGAUUACAGAUGAAAUGGCACUCAAGGUUGCAGAUUUCCUUAAAUUUAAUGGGCCAUUGAGAGAAAAAUGUGCCAAGGAGGUGAAGGGCAUUUGGAGCAUGUUCCUCGGUGUGGAUGCAACCCAGAUUGAAAUUAAUCCUCUGAUUGAGACCCCACAAGGCCAGGUUGUGGCCGUCGAUGCCAAGAUCCAGUUUGAUGAUAAUGCUGAAUUCAGACAGAAGGAUGUGUUUGCUAUGGAGGACUACAGUGAGAGUGAUCCCAGAGAGGUGGAAGCUGCCCGCUAUAAUCUCACUUACAUUGGCAUGGACGGAAAUAUUGGCUGUUUAGUUAAUGGAGCUGGCCUGGCCAUGGCAACAAUGGACAUCAUCAAGUUACAUGGAGGCUCACCAGCCAACUUCCUGGACUUGGGUGGAGGUGUCCAGGAGCAUCAGGUGGAACAGGCUGUUAGGAUUCUCACUUCAGAUGAAUCUGUAAAAGCACUUUUUGUGAAUAUAUUUGGAGGCAUUGUAAACACGGCAACCAUUGCAAGCGGCCUCGUCAAAGUUCUGCGGGACAGAGACAUCAAGAUUCCACUGGUGGUUAGACUAGAAGGAACAAACGUCGAUGAAGCUAAGCGUAUUUUAGCAGAAUCUGGUUGUGAUAUUCAAUCUGCUAAUAACUUGGAUGAAGCAGCCAGGAAGGCAGUAUCUGCUAUCAACUAGUACAAUACAUCCUGAAGAGUACAGAAACUGACAAACCACAACCAUGAUUCACUACCUUCAUUCUGAAUAUUAACUGAACAUCAGAUGCAAAUUGUGUCAUAUUGUAAUGUCUUUGUUAUUUCCUCUCUCAUUACAGUAUUUAAUUACAGUAAUGUUGUUCACGAGCAGUAUUACAAGUACUGUAUAAUAAUGAGUGCUGUUCUUGUUCUCUCUUUUCAUAUUAAUUAAUUGUUAAUAAAACAUUAAUUUUUCUAACUCAGGGUCACUCAGAAAUGGAGGUAUUGUACUAAUAGUGGUUGUGCAGUCUCUUAACUAAUGCCCCAAAUUCCAGGAAAAAUGUCAAGUGAUCAAAACACGAACAACACUUCUGGAGUACCUACUUUUAUAUUAGUGCCUUAAAAGUACCACAGACCAGUGUAUUAACACCUCAAAGGCUAUUUAGAAUAUUUAGGAAUAUAUCAGGGAAGUUAUAGGCACUUCUUUGAUUAGGGUCAAUAACAAAGUGUUUUAAAUUUUUCAUAGUUUGGAAAGUCUGUUUGUAGUAAUGUUUGCAAUUAAAAAAAAUUCUUAGCAAUUUAUAGAUAUCAUGAAGCAACAAAGAUUGUUUGUUAACUAAGACUUGAACAGUUCUUUUUGUCUAGUCCUUCUGUACUGCUCCUACCGUUGUCUUACACUAUUGUACUCUUACCGACUAUUUUCCUUCUUUCUUUGAGGUUUUAAAUCCCCUUGAUCAACCCCACACAGCAGUGAGAGAAGAGUCAAGGUGAUAGAUAGAAGUCUUGAAUGUGAUUGUGGAAUAUGCAGCUUUUUUUACUGAUGUUGCAUCUUGUUAUCUGGCUAAUAAGUCAUGUUGUUGGGGAAAGCUUUUUGUCUGUUUGCUUUUAAAAUGUUUUGUAAAUAUUUUUGUACUGUACAUCUGUUUCAUCAUGUCAUUUGCACAAAUAUAAGUAUGUACUGUACUUGUGUAAAAUUCACAUUGGAAUUUUAAUGAUAAAAAAACUGAGAUGAAAAUUUAUGCCUCUUCCUAUAUUCAUUUAUGUGAGUGGUCAAAGACCCUAGUCCUGACAAUCCAAUAACCUAACUUAACCAUGAGAACUAAGACUCAGUCAUAAUGGGAGCCAAUACUAACUCAUUAGUACUGGGCCUUAGCACUAAUAAUGAUAGGUUGUGUCUUAAUUGAACCAAUCUGUCAUUAUCAUAUUUUUAUCCAUUUAUAAAUUAUUUGGUAUGAUUCGGUUAACCCUGAAUUAAGAGAUAUUUUCUUAUACAAUUCACUUAUUACAUGCUCAUUUCAUAGUUGUGUAAAUGGAUUGUACAGUUGUGAAUAAAUAUAAAUUUAUUUUA